CGGGUAGUCUCGCCUGACUUGGGGUCGCAAUCAAAGAGCAAAAACCGGCAGCUUCAUACGAUCCCGACGCCACAAUGAAGCCGAGCAAGGCUGGCAACUAUGCACACCUGGCACAUCCACCGCACACCAAGACAUCAACAAAAUCAAGGACAACAUUUUCGGCCAACCACGCCCAAGGAAGGGCCCAGGAGGCCAGGAUCUAUUCCCACUCCACACACGAGAGGGGAGACAUAAUGCAUGACACCCAAGCAUACGUGCCCUCAACCGAAGGAGACAAGGAACCUGAAAAGAAAUCAUUUGCUUCCUUCUUCAAAAAGAAUAGGUCUGCCAAUAAGGGAAUGAAGCUGUACAAGAUUGAAAAUGAUUCUGACGAGGUGUUUAUCCCUGAAGAGGACACUCUCACUAUACAGGAUAUUUGGGGACCCUGCCUCGUGGGGUGCUUUACAGGUAGAUUUCCUGGGCUGAAGGCCAUUCAGGAAAUGGUGGAUGAAUGGGGUGUCCCUUGUCAAUUUUUACCACAUCAUAAAGGGUGGAUUGUCUUCAAACUCACCACCUUUGAGGAUAAAGAUUCCAUUUUGGUAAAGGAACAUAAGGAAAUAAAUAGUAAGAAGCUGCUGUUGAGCAUCCCACAGGAAGACUUCAUGUGGAAUGCCAAGUCCUUCUCUACUAUGCCAGUUUGGGUCAAGCUGCUCGAUGUGCCUAUGAAAUAUUGGGCUCCCAGAUCUCUCUCACAUAUUGCUUCUAAACUGGGCACACCACUAUAUACUGAUGGGCUGACUAACUCUGUGGCUUCCAGAUUCACUAAUGAACCUGAGGAUGAAGAAAUGGAUGAUAAGCUGAAAUACAAGAAGGUCAAUUUCUGCAGAAUUCUAAUGAACAUGGACCUCUCUGUCAAACCUCCAGUGAAGGUUAAGGUCAAUGUGGCUGGAGGAAGCUUUAUCCAACAUGUGGAAUAUGAAGACAUGCCCCAUUACUGUUAUCAAUGUGAAUGCUUUGGCCAUAAUCCCUUUGAUUGCCCAGUCCUCCAAGAAUUGAACAAGAGGAACCUGGAGGAGGAGGACAGAGCAAGGGAGGAGGCUAGGAUUGAAGCCCUGAAAGCCACUAUCAUGGCAGAGGCAAAAUCUGAACUGGAGAAACAACAUAAGGAUACUGGAACAAAGGCUGGAUUUAUUGGUGAGAAGAAGACUGGAGGUGGUGAUACUGGAAAAGGCAAGAAUGGCCUAAACCCCAUAAUUGAUGAACCAUCUCCCUCAUAUACCAAUAAGAAUGAGGAAUUCAUCACUGUGGGAAAGGGCAAGUUAACCAACCACCCUAUCAAAGAAGGGGUGCAAACAAGAGAUGGGAGAAUGGUAGUGCUGUGGAACCCAGUUUUUGUUAACCUUACCUUUUUGGAGAUUGAUAAGCAAUUCAUUCACUGUAAUGUGGAUUGCCUCAUUACUCAGAAAACUUUUGCUUUGUCUUUUGUGUAUGCUCUGUACAAUGUCAGUGUGAGGAGGGAGCUCUGGGACAAACUCUCAUGUAUUGGUAAUGGGAAUAUUCCUUGGGCUGUCAUGGGGGACUUCAAUUCUGUGGCCAGUUCUGGGGAAAGAGUUAACUGCAAUGUCCAGGGCUCAUACUACAUGAAAGACCUCCUCUACUUUAGAAUGAUGAAUGACUUGAUGGAUGCUAAGGCCACUGGUUUAGAAUUUACCUGGAACAAGGGCAGUGCUCAACCUUUCAAAUUCUUUAAUAUGUGGAUCAAACAUGGCAAGUUCAAACAGAUAGUUCAAGAUGUCUGGGACACCAGGGUGGAGGGCACCAGGCAGUUUAGAAUUUGCAGGAAGCUGAAACUUUUGAAGCAACCACUUAGAAACCAUAACAAACUGGAAUUUGGGCAUAUCUCCAGUAGGGCUACUGAGGCCAGGCAAUUGUACACUUCUACCCUGAAGAGGAUGAUCCUGGACCCCAACAACCCUAACCUUAUUGCUGAAUCUGAGGCCAUUAGAAAGAAAGCUAGCUUUUUGGUGGAUGCUGAGAGAGCUUAUUAUCAACAAAAAUCUAAGUACGAUCAGGGCAGAACAACUACAUCAGGGGAACAAGUGAUUGAAGAAUUUAUUGGUUACUACACCAACCUUUUUGGCACUACAACCCCCAUACAACCUGUGAACUGGAGUGUCUUUGGGCAGGGGCCUAGGCUGUCUACUUCUCAAGGACAACAACUUUUGAGGAAAGUGGAAAUUGCUGAGGUUAAAGAAGCAUUGCAAUCUAUUGGAAGGGAUAAAGCACCUGGCCCUGAUGGUUAUACCUCAGCUUUCUUCUUGGAAAAUUGGGAUAUUGUUGGAGACAAUCUAUUUGUGAGGCUCCUUAUGGAAUGUGUCACCACUGCAUCAUUUUCCUUGGCAAUCAAUGGAAAACUUCAUGGGUUUAUCAAGUGUAAGAGAGGCAUACGACAAGGAGACCCCAUGGCACCUACUCUGUUCCUUUUUUGUGUGGAAUAUCUGUCCAGGCUCUUGGGGAAGAUGACUUCAGAUAGGAAGUUCAGCUUUCAUUCUAAGUGUGCUAAACUCAAGAUCCAUCAUAUUGCAUUUGCUGAUGACAUCAUGAUGUUUGCUAGGGGGGACUUGAUCUCUGUCAAAGUGUUAGCUGAUGCUAUUGAAAACUUCACUUUGGUUUCUGGCCUCCACAUCAGCCCACACAAAUCUAACAUCUUCUUGGCUGGAUCUAUUAAGGACAACAGACAAAGUAUACUCAACCUGGUACAUUUUCCUGAGGGGAAACUACCGGUUAGAUACCUUGGUCUCCCCUUAACCUCUCAAAGAGCUUCUGAGAGGGAUUUUGCCCCUUUGAUCAGUAAGGUGGAUGAAAAUAUUAGAAGAUGGAACACUAGAACCCUGUCUGCUGCUGGUAGGGUGGAACUCAUCAGGAGUGUUAUACAGGGCAUUGAAGGUUUUUGGUUGCAGGAGUACACAAGUCAGUGCUGGACAAGAUUACUUCGUUAUGUAGAAAUUUCUUCUGGGGCAGCAAAUUCUUCAAGGGAUAUCUGGACUUGGGUCCCAAGGUCAAGGGACCCAUACUUCUUCAAGAAGUUGGCACUAGUGAGGGAUUUGAUUUCUCAGAAGUGUGAUUCAUGGAGUACUUUGAUGAAUCAGGAAGAGGGUGCUUCCUCUCUAGGUGGUGGCUGGGCUACGAUUGGGUUCUCCCAUGCACAUCCUUUGGAUGGACAUGGAGAUGUUUCUGGCCUGGGGAGGGGUUGUUCCAUGGAGGUGGCCUUUUGGAAACUUAGUAAUCCAUUGUUAUUCCUCUGGAAUGACAUGCCACCAGUCUUUCUUCUAACUGGCCAUGAGGUAUGGUUAGGUCCUUUGGCUUGGGGUUGGACUUGGCUUCACCCUGUUCUGUGGUACUUAUGUCUUGGCUUUGAAGGAACUUUGAUUGCAUCUGGGCUUGCUCAAGUGGAUUUGCCAUCCGGAAUACUCUAUCUCCCCAAGGUUAUCCUUUGACCAUUGCUGCCAUUACCUAUUAUCAUUUGCAUGAGAAAGAGUCUGAGUUUUAAAUAGUUGGCUAUGGUCACUUCAUGUGCCUUGGGGAGACUAUAACGCCCCAAAACAUACCCUAAAAUUUUUAAUGAAUAAAUAUUCAAUUA